AUGUCGUCGGCAACAGCUAACGGCAUUCAACAUCCUCAAACUAAUGGUCAUGAUUCUCAACCAGAUCAAAAUAAUUUUAAUAUUGAUCAAAUAGCAGCCGAUUUUGAUUUAGCUGGUCAAGAUGAAUGUAAUUCAUCAGCUCGUAUGUUCGAACGUACACGUAUUCAAGUGUUGGCUGAUGAACGUGGCCAUGUACAAAAGAAAACAUUUACAAAAUGGGUUAAUUCACAUUUAACUCGUGUUGGUUGUCGUAUAACUGAUUUAUAUACUGAUUUAGCCGAUGGACGAAUGUUAAUCCGUUUAUUAGAAUUAUUAAGUGGAGAACGUUUACCAAAAGCCACACGUGGAAAAAUGCGUAUACAUUGUCUAGAAAAUGUCGAUAAAGCUAUUAUGUUUUUACAAGAACAACAUGUUCAUUUAGAAAAUAUUGGCGCUCAUGAUAUUGUCGAUGGAAAUUCAUCCUUGAUUCUUGGCCUUAUAUGGACAAUUAUUCUUCGUUUUCAAAUUCAAGAUAUUACUAUUGAAGAGUGUGAAUCCACAGAAACAAAAUCAGCUAAAGAUGCUCUACUACUUUGGUGUCAAAUGAAAACAGCUGAUUAUUCAAAUAUAAAUGUACGAAAUUUUACAACAUCAUGGAAAGAUGGUUUAGCAUUUUGCGGUUUAAUACAUAAACAUCGUCCGGAUUUAAUACCACAAUUUAAAACUUUAACAAAAGACAAUCCAAAUCAUAAUUUACAAUUAGCAUUUGACAUAUGUGAAAGACGUUUAGGUAUAAGUAAAUUACUUGAUCCUGAAGAUGUUAAUGUUGAUUAUGUGGAUGAAAAAUCUAUUAUAACAUAUAUUGUUACAUUAUAUCAUUAUUUUUCGAAAAUGAAAAAUGAUAGUGUACAAGGAAGACGUUUAGCUAAAGUUAUUGGUUCAGCACUUGAUUCAGAAAAAAUGGCUAAUGAUUAUGAACGUUUAGUGUCGGACAUAUUAGCUUGGAUUGAACAAACAAUACGUACAUUAAAUGAUCGACAAUUUCCAAAUGCACUCGCACGUGUACAAGAUAAACUUGUUGAAUUUAAUCGUUAUCGUGUUAUGGAUAAACCACCGCGAUUUGCUGAAAAAGGAAAUUUAGAAGUUCUAUUAUUUACAUUACAAAGUAAAGAACGUGCCAAUCAACAAAUUCCAUAUCAACCACGAGAAGGAAAAAUGAUAUCAGACUUGAAUCGUGCUUGGGAGAAUCUUGAACGUGCUGAACAUGAACGAGAAUUAGCAUUACGAGAAGAAAUUCUUCGACAAGAACGUUUAGAGCAAUUAGCAACGAAAUUUAAUCGAAAAGCUGGUCUAAGAGAAAAAUGGUUGACUGAUAGUGAAAAACUUGUUGCAAGUGAUCAAUUCGGUACAGAUUUAACAUCAGUUGAAGCUGCAUUUAAAAAACAAGAAGCUAUUCAAACUGAUAUAGCCGCAUUUGAAGAACGUCUUCAAAAUAUUAUGGCUAUUGCAAAUGAACUUAAAACCGAAGAUUAUCAUGAUUAUGCAACAAUUGAAGCACGAAAAAAGAAUGUUGAAAUGCAUUGGGAAUAUUUAAUUGGUCUAGUUACUAAACGUCGACAAUGUCUUGAACUUGCUUAUAAUUUACAGCGUGUUUUUCAAGAAAUGCAAUAUAUUUUUGAAUGGAUCACAGAUUUAAAAUGGCGAUUAAAAUCUGAUGAUAUUGAAAAAUAUGUUAUGUCAGCUGAUGAUCUUCUUCAACGACAUUCAUUAGUCGAAGCUGAUAUAUAUAUUAUUGAUGAACGUUUAAAACGAGCUAUCACAGAUGCUGAUGAAUAUCUCAAUCCAGAAGUUAAUAUUGAUGGUUAUCGUCCAGCAACACCAGAAGAAAUCGAAAUACGUAUACAUAAUUUACAAAAAGCAUAUGAAGAAUUAAUUGAAUUAGCACGUAAACGUCGAGAAUUACUUGAACAAGCUAAAGUCUUAUCGAAAUUCUAUUCCGAUAUUGGCGAUGCUGAAUUAUGGAUCGAUGAAAAACAACAAACUAUGACAUCACCCGAUAUGGGUCACGACGUUAAUUCAGCCGACAGUUUACUUUCUAAACACAAAUUAGUUGAAACAGACAUGACAACAAGGUAUGGUCAAUUAGAAAAUUUAACUAAUCAUGGCGAAUCAAUGAUAAAACAAGGUCAUUUUGCUGGUAAAAAAGUCUAUGAACGUUUAGAUAUGUUAAAAUUAAAAUGGGAUAAUUUAAUUGAAAUGUCAUCAAAUCGUGCACAAAGUUUAAAUCAAACACAUGAUUAUUAUCAAUUUUUUUCUGAUGCCGAUGAUAUUGAUACCUGGAUGCUUGAUAUGUUAAAGCUUGUCUCAAGUGAAGAUAUUGGCCGCGAUGAAUUAUCAGCUCAAAUGCUAAUUAAAAAACAUAAAGACACCCAAGAUCUAUUAGAUAAUUAUCACAAAGCAAUUGAAGGCUUUAAAAAAAAUAAUCUUCAAACAUUAUCAACUGAAAAACAAAAUUUACCUGAUGUUCAACAACGUUUACAAUCGAUCGAACGUCGUUAUAUUGAAUUACUUGAAUUAUCGAAAUUACGUAAACAAAAAUUACAUGAUGCUCUUGCGUUAUUUCGUUUACUAGCUGAUGCUGAUAAUGUUGAAGCAUGGAUUGAAGAGAAAGAACGAUUUUUAGCAACAUUGGAUCCAACGCUAGUCAACGAUAUUGAAGAAUUAGAAGUUAUUAAACAUCGUUUUGAUGGUUUUGAACGUGACAUGAAUUCAACAGCAUCGAAAGUUGCUAUUGUUGGUCAUCAAGCACGUACAUUGGUACAAAAUGAUCAUCCGAAUUCACAAGAAAUUCUAGAUCGUAUUAAUAAAUUGAAUCAUAAUUGGGCACAAUUACGACGUUUAGUUGAUAAGAAACGUGAAGAUCUAAGUUCAACAUUCGGUGUACAAACAUUUCAUAUUGAAUGUAAUGAAACAAUAUCAUGGAUUCAAGAUAAGAUUCGUAUCGUUCAAUCAACUGAAGAUUUAGGUCGUGAUCUUGGUGGUGUAAUGACUAUGCAACGUCGUUUAAGUGGUUUAGAACGCGAUAUGGCGGCAAUACAAUCUAAACUUGAUCAACUCGAAUCUGAAGCUUCAGCAUUAGAAAAAGAUCAUCCGGAUGAAGCACGUGAACUACGCACUAAAAUAGGACAAAUCAAUUCUGUUUGGUAUGAAUUAAAAGAAAUUUUACGUCGCCGAGAAGAAUCAAUGGGUGAAGCUGCUGAAUUACAAAAAUUCCUUCGUGAUCUUGACCAUUUUUCGGCAUGGUUAACACGUACACAAACAUCAGUUGCCAGUGAAGAUAUACCAAAUUCAUUAAACGAAGCUGAACAAUUAUUAAAUCAACAUCAAACAAUCAAAGAAGAAAUUGAUCGUUAUGGUCCCGAUUAUGGACAAAUGAAAGAAUAUGGUCAUCGUGUUAUACGUGAUGCUGAUACAACAGAUCCACAAUAUAUAUUUUUACGUGAACGUUUGAAUGCACUUGAUGAUGGUUGGAAUGAACUUGAUCAAAUGUGGCAUCAGAAAAAGAAUAUGUUAACUGAAGCUAUGCAAUAUCAAAUGUUUGUUAGAGAUUCGAAUCAAGCUGAAAUUUUAUUAAAUCAUCAAGAAGCCUAUUUAGCUCGAGAAAAAGAACAGAAACCAAAAACAUUUGAUGAUGUUGAACUUUUACUUAAAAAACAUGAAGAUUUUGUUACUACAAUGACAGCUAAUGAAGAUAAAAUUCAAGGAGUCUGUUCAUUUGCUCAACGAUUAUGUCAAGAAAAUCAUUAUUUAGGUGAUCGUAUUCUAUCUCGUGCCUCAGUAAUCAAUGAUCGUUAUUCUGCUAAUCGUCAAACCGCCAUUGAAAUGCAAGAUAAACUACACGAAUCACUCAAAUACUUCCAAUUUAUUCAAGAUUGUGAUGAUCUCAAAGAAUGGCUUGAAAUGAAAUUAUUACAGGCUCAAGAUGACACUUAUCGUGAUAGUGCAAAUAUUCAUACGAAAUAUCUUCGUCAUCAAGCAUUUCAAGCUGAAAUAACAUCAAAUAAAGAACGUUUAUUAGCGUUGAAACGUCACGCUGAACAAUUACGAGACGAACAUCCGCAACAACUCGAUUUCACUGUUAUUGAUCAACGUAUUAAUGAAUUAGAUGAAACAUGGUCUCAAUUAGAAGACAUAACACGUGAAAAAGGUGAGCGUUUAUUUGAUGCAAAUCGUUCGAAAUUGUUUCAACAAUCGAUUACCAAUCUCGAUGAAUUUAUGCUUAAUAUUGAAAAACAUUUGUAUGCUGGUGAAUCAACUGCAGCACCAACAGAUUUCCUCGAUGGACAGCCAUUGACAGCCACAACACUUGAACCCUUAGAAAAUAACUUGACUGCAACCAAUAUUUUACUACUGAAACAAACUACAAUCGAAGAAGAAUUAUUAAAACGUCAACAGCAAGUUGAUGAAUUACGUGUACAAGCUGAAAAAUUAAAACAAAUCGAACCUGACAAAUCCGAAGAAAUCGAUACGAAACGUUUACAAGUUGAAGAAAAAUUUUCCAAACUUUUACUGCCAUUAGAACAGAAAAAAUUACGUUUAGAACAACAAAAACAUCUUCAUCAAUACAUGCGUGAUAUUGAAGAUGAACAAAUAUGGUUAAGUGAAAAGCGUCAUUUAUUGCAAACCUAUGGCGAUUUAAUAUUUCAUGAUAAACAACAAACAUUAAUGAAUAUUCAAUUGUUAAAACGUAAAAAUGAAUCACUGUUAAAAGAAAUUGAAAAUCAUGAACAACGUUUAUUAGAACACUUAAAUAGUGAAUGUAAACGUAUAAGUCAAGAUUAUCCAACACGUGCCGAUGAAUUUCAAGAACGUUUACAACAACUAUCGGAUAAUUAUAUUGAAUUAAAAGAAACAAUUAAGAAACGUCGUGAACAUUUAGAAUUAUUAGAAAAUAUUCAUCAAUAUUAUUAUGAUCUAAGUGAAGCUGAAGCUUGGUUAGGUGAACAAGAAUUAUAUAUGAUGAGUGAAGAACGUGGUAAAGAUGAAUUGUCAACACAGACAUUCAUACGUAAACAACAAACAAUGGAACAAACAAUUGAAAAUUAUAGUGAUAUUCUAAGAGAAUUAGGUGAUAACGCAAAAAGUUUAAUACAAGAUUUAGAAGAAUCAAGUUUAUCACGAGAUUUAAUUAAUGAAAAUCAUGAUUUAAUUAAUAAACGACAAACACAAUUAGAUAAACUAUACGCUAGUUUGAAAGAUCUAUCUGUUGAACGACGACAACGUUUAGAUGAAACAUUAAAACUCUAUCGACUUCAUAGAGAAAUUGACGAUCUUGAACAAUGGAUAUCGGAUAGAGAAUUAAUUGCCGGUUCACAUGAACUAGGACAAGAUUUUGAACAUGUAUCAAUGUUACUUGAUCGUUUUGCUGCAUUUUCACAAGAAACUGAACAAAUUGGUAAUGAACGUUUACAGCAUGCUAAUGAAAUGAUCGAUAUUUUAAUUGCCAAUGGACAUGUUGAUUCAGCACAAAUAGCUGAAUUGAAAGAUACAUUGAAUGAAUCUUAUCAAGAUCUAUUAGAACUGAUCGAAACACGUUUACAAUCAUUGAAAGCUUCAUGGGAAUUACAGAAAUUUUUACAUGAUUGUAAAGAAAUUUUACUUACUAUGCAAGAACGUAAAAAUGCCAUACCAGAUGAAAUCGGUCGAGAUCAACAAAGUGUACAACAAUUAUUACGUAAACAUCAACAAUUUGAAACAGAAUUAGUUUUACUAGCACAAGAUAUUCAACGUAUACAACAAGAAUCAAAACGUUUACAUGGACGUUAUGCUGGCGAAAAAGAAACAGAAAUUAAACAAAAAGAAGUCGAUGUUUUAACACAAUGGAAAUCAUUACAACAAUUCGUUGAUCAACGUAAACGUUUAUUAAAUGAUUAUGAAGAUUUGCAUCGAUUCUUUAAUUUAACAAGAGAUUUAAAUAUGUGGAUGGAUGUCAUGAUUAGACAAAUGAAUAAUAGCUUGAAACCACGUGAUGUUAGUGGAGUUGAUUUAUUAAUGAAUAAUCAUCAAAGUUUAAAAGCAGAAAUCGAUGCCAGACAAGAAAAUUUUACUAUGUGUAUUAAUUUAGGCAAAGAUUUAAUCAAUCGUCGUCAUGCUCGUUCAUCUGAAGUCAAAGACAAAUGUGUACAAUUAUCUAUGUUACGUGAUCGUCUUGAUGAUACAUGGAAUGAACGUUGGGAUUAUUUGCAAGUUAUUUUAGAUGUUUAUCAAUUUGCUCGUGAUGCUGCUAUAGCUGAAACAUGGUUAAUUGCUCAAGAAUCCUACUUAAAUAAUGAAGAACUUGGUGAAACAUUAGAUCAAGUUGAAAAUUUAAUAAAACGUCACGAACAAUUCGAAAAAUCUCUAAUGGCUCAAGAAGAUCGUUUCAAUGCCUUACGUAAUUUAACACAAUUAGAAAAGAAACGGCAAUUACCACCGUCAGAACCACGUCAAAGUCGUUUACCAAUCUAUUUAGAAGAAUUUAAAACAUGGGAAGAACGUGAUACUGAACGGCCAUCAACAUCACCAGAUAAAUCUAAACUUCGAUCAAGCACAGCAGAAGAAAAAACAGUUACUGAUGGCAGUGGUCGUCCAACAACAUUACCAGGUAAACAACGUUCUAGCCAAGAAUAUGAAUCCAUGAGUGGUAAACAACGACGAUCAGAAUCUGCAACACGUUUACCAACAAUCAAAGAAGGUUUCUUAUCACGUAAACAUGAAUGGGAAGGACAUGAACGUAAAGCAACGCACCGUGCAUGGGAAAAAUUUUAUUGCGUAUUGACAAGCAAAGGUUUAUCGUUUUUUAAAGAUUCUAAACAUUUAAAAACAGGCCGAACAGUUAGUGAUGAUCUUAAUUUUGAUUCGUCGACUAGUGUUGCACAAGCUACAGAUUAUCGUAAAAAAACAAAUGUAUUCCGUUUGAAACUCAGUGGUGGAAAUGAAUAUUUAUUUCAUGCUAAAGAUGAUACUGAAAUGAAUGAAUGGAUAACAUCAAUUAAUAGCUGUAUAUCUUCCAUAUCAACAGUCUCAAGUACAACAACACAAAUGCCAUCAGUAGCAUUAACGUCACCACCAACUGUUAUUAAUUCAUCAUCAUCAUCAACAAGUUCUCCUAAACAUCAACAACAACAACAACCAGUCAUGACAACAAGUUCCUCAGGUGUUGAAAUGACACAAGCACCAACAAGUACAGAACAAAAAUCUCGAACAUUGCCAUUACAAUCUAGUACAUCAGCUGAAUCAACUUCAGCUCAACAAGCAACAAGUGGGAAGAAAAAAUCUGGCGGCUUUUUCUCAAUAAAAAGAAAAUGA